CAGCCGGGAAGCAAGUAUGCCGCCCAAGACGAGUGGAAAGGCCGCCAAGAAGGCCGGCAAGGCCCAGAAAAACAUCUCCAAGGGAGACAAGAAGCGCAGGAAGAAGAGGAAGGAGUCGUACGCCAUCUACAUCUACAAGGUGCUCAAGCAGGUGCACCCGGACACCGGCAUCUCGUCCAAGGCCAUGAGCAUUAUGAACUCGUUCGUCAACGACAUCUUCGAGCGCAUCGCCGCCGAGGCCUCUCGCCUGGCCCAUUACAACAAGCGGUCGACCAUCACGUCGCGGGAGAUCCAGACGGCCGUGCGCCUGCUGCUGCCCGGCGAGCUGGCCAAGCACGCCGUGUCGGAAGGCACCAAGGCCGUUACCAAGUACACGAGCAGCAAGUAAGGCGCCCCGUGCAUCUUUGCCGGUCACAAAAUCAUCAUCAUCACCAUUAUCAUCGCGUGAUCGGCGGGAGAAAUAGGUCUUUUUUAAGACCAAGCACACAACUCUUGGCGAAAUGGAUCACUCUGGUUAGCACGCCUGCUGAGCGCGGCCAGCUAAGUCGGCAGACCGACCCCUUCACCACGUUUAGGGGCGAUUCAUACCAUCCGUAGAAUCUUACUAUUCAGCACGUGCUUUGCAUUGGCUAUGCUCGUGAAAAUUGCCAACCACCUAGUUUGCAGUGCAGUUGUAGAUUGAACUGAGCUGAAUGAAAUCUAAUUGCAAUACCUAGCUGUAAUGUUUCACUUGUAUGCUGCAUGUGUGUAACUUUGAAAACGGAACACGUCAUUCCGAGACGUUAGCAUUAUCCAUGGAUGCCAAACAUCGACGUGCUAUUUUUCAGUAUUAAUGAUAGCAGAAAACGCAAACGAGCACAGAAACCUUCAGAAACACACCUGCGCCGGGGCUUUUAACAACACUUGCAUAGAAGACAACUUGCUGCCCACAUAUGCCAAUUGUAAAUAUGCUUAGCGGGAGCAAUCGUAGGCAAUUGGAGUGGCGAGCGCAUACCGUCCAACAGGGGAG